UCAGGUAGCUGGUGACAGGACGUACCUCAAGCUGGGCCAGGGGAGAUUUAGUUUGGAUAUUAGGAAGAAUUUCUUCAGAGAAAGGGAUUAAACAUAGGAAUGGGCCGCCCAGGGAGGCGGUGGAGUCACCGUCCCGAAAGGCGUUAAGGAACCACCGAACAUGGUGGCAUUUUCAUGCCAUGGUCUAAUUGGCGUGGUGGUGUUCGGUCCCAGGCUGGACUGGAUGGUUCUAAGAAGUCUUUUCCCACCGAGCUGAUUCUGGGAGGGGCGGCAGUCGCUGCGUGCCGCUUGGGACUCGCGUUCCAGGUGUCCUACAUCAGUCAGGACUGUGAAGAAAUUCCAGAAUUCCUAGGAAGAAAAUAUGGACAUAUGGCAAAAAGGCUAGAUCUUAGCUUCAACUUGUUAAGAAAACCAUACCAUCCUUACUGUGACAGUCCAUGCCUCUCUAGCUCCCAGUCACUAGAAGGACUGAAAACAUUCAGUUACUUGGAAGAACUGAUCUUGGACAACAAUCUACUCGGAAAUGACCUUCUCUUACCCAGGUUACCCCACCUCCAUACCUUAACGCUCAACAAGAACCAAAUAUCAGAAUUAGAAAGCCUUUUGGACCAUUUGGCUGAAGUUGUGCCUUCACUACGGUAUCUCAGUUUGCUUGGAAACAUUGCUUGCCCAAAUGAACUGAUCUGCAAAGAAAAGGACGAAGAUGACUACCAGAGAUACAGAUAUUUUGUCCUGCACAAAUUGACAAACCUGAAAUUUCUCGAUACUCGGAAAGUAACCAGGAGGGAGAGAGAGGAAGCCUUGAUAAGAGGUGCCUUCAUGAAAGUGGUUAAGCCAAAGGAUGCUAAGGCCUCCAGUGCUGCUUCCUCUGCCUCUCCAGAGAUGUACUACACGCCUCUGCCCGCCGGAUCCAGAGACCUCACCCAUCACAGAGGCGUUUUGGGGAAAUGUCGCUACGUUUACUAUGGAAAACAUUCCGAGGGCAACAGAUUCAUCCGAGAUGACCAGCUAUAAAACACAGCGCUGUUUUGUGCCUCUUCUGUCCCUCCACAUGAGAAGCAUAAAUCACAUCUACAUUUUAAGCAUGUAACUAAAGUCCUCUAGUGCCUUCUGCUGACUUUGCCAAGCCUGUCAAGAUCAUCCUUCUAUCUUAGCCUGAGUAGUCACAUAGAGAUUGACAUGAUUGCCUUUAAGCAGGUCCCAUCCACCAGUGUGACAGGCAGCUGCAGCCGAGCACCCAGCCUGACAGGAGGAGCACCAUGAUGGAUUGCCUGGUCCUAGUGCUGCUCGCAGGAGAGCAGGGGUCACACCUGGGGCUGGACCCAGCCUGCUCCAUCCGCGGCGCCUCUGCAAAAGCACCGCGUUUAUCUCUGCCUGGCCUGUUGAGCCAAAGUGGAUGCUAAUAUCAAAGUGUUUAUAAAAGAGAAAGGCUGUAAUUUCAGAUGAAAAAGCCUUUAUCUGUUCUUAUUUUGUUCCUUGUGAAUUAAGUGGUUGUGUUUCUAUCAUUUCAUACAUGCUUAUACAAAUCCUUUCACAGAUUGGUGGUAUACCCAUCCACCCCCAAAUGAGCCUAGAUGGAUUAUUUUUUCUUUCAGCAGGGAAAAAAAUAUAUAUCCUGAAAGCAUUUUGGCCAUGCAAAGCACCGUCAAUUUGUAUAGAUGUUUAUAUGCAAAGGAAAAGGAUUUAAGCAAUUUCUCAGACAAACAAAUUUUUCUAAUUCUUGAAUUGCAUCUCAUUGUUUACUAGCUCUUACCUUCAGAAAAGUGAACAUUUUUUUAUGCUGAAAGAUAAUGUCAUAGCUUAACUGUUUACACUUGGAAGUCCUCGUUAGUGAUAUUGACAGUGUGGAUUAUUCCUGGUUUAUUGCACAAGCUAUUUUUAACCUGUAUGGAUUACGUUUAGAAUUAAAUGCUUAAAUUUGGGGGGAAAAGUGUUUAAAAGGAGUGAUAUAAAUCUGCCACCAAAUGGGUGUGAUUAUUCAGAAGAGAGAAAAUUCAACAAAAGUAACAGGUGGAAUUAACAUAAUUAGCAGCUUCACUAAUAUAUUAGAGAGACGAAUUCUGGAUAAUCCCUUUUGCUAUCUAUGUACGAAAGGCUAUUGUCAAAUUUUCAGUCAAAAAACUGAAAAGUCACGGCAAAUUUCCUGCUUUCCUGAUAAAGAGGUUGGACACAUUUAGAAUCAUGAACUUGUUGCAGUGGAACAAAAAAACCCCCAUGCUUCAUGCAUAUAUUGUGUUAAAUUAUACUUGAUACAAUGGGAUUGGCCAAGGCAUAUGCAAAAAUUCAGACCUCUUGACUGUUCCCAACCCAUUCAUAUUGAUCCCAGCUGAGAGCUGUAUAAGUGCCUAGGUGUUCUUGUUUCAUCUGGAAUUAUUUGGUGGUCUUUAUUCACUUUCCUGAUUAAAAAAAAAAAUACCAGUUUUUAGAAACUGUCUACCUCGGGGGCUUUUAUCAGCUGGCAUUACAGGUGGAAGUGAACUGGACAUGGAAGCCAGUCAUGAAAGCAGAUGUGACUGAUGAAAUAGUGAGGCAUUGGCUGAGUGCCAAAGGAAAGCUUGCUGCUGCUCAGCAUUUUAGGCCUCACUCAGUAAACGGAAGCUUUUGCCCACUCCGAAAGUGUGUAAUAAAUCUUUAACAGUUACUUAAAAUCACUGAUGAACAUAGAACGAUCUAGUUCACACCACUUGUAGUUCAAAUUGAGCUCUGAGCUGUUUGAUUGGUGUCUGGGAAGCACAUUUUAGCCACUUGUCGUGCCCCUUCUAAUGUCAUGCAUGACUACAUAUGAAAUGCCGAUUCACAUCACAAGUCCAAGGAGAUACCAGAUAAAUGAAAACUACAUGCCUUUUUCUUUAAUCAAAAAUAUUAAUAGAAAUAUUUAGGGCACUUGUUAUCUGUUUUGGUUACCAAAAUAACAACAAUCUUAGUUUGUUCCUAUCACGAUGUCUGUUUUGAAGCCUCCAUACAUUUUGGCUAUGGCAGUGUUACAGGCAGCAGGAUUUGGAAUAGGGAUGUUUACAAUAACCUAAUGUCACUUUCAGUCUGUUUGCAUAUAUGUUCUUGUCUUUAUAAAAGGCUUUAACCCUGCCUCAAACAAUAAACAGCACUUGCAAACUGACCACAUGAUUUUCCCAUCUUUAUUUCACUUGUUUACUUUUCCUAAUGUCAAAACCAUUUGUAUCAUUUUCAGGA